CCUCUUGCUUUCUCAAUAAGCAAUCAAUAAAUUUCCAGUGCUUACAUUUUCAAAUUGAGGUCUUAAAUCCUUUCACUAAUAUAUUGUGUAGACUGAUUAAUUUUCCUAACACAAUGGCUUAUGGUCUGUCUUUCACAAGAGGAACCAACUGAUUUUGCUUCAUAAUCGCUCAUUAUUUGUACAGCCUGAGUAGUAAAACAUAAUGAAACUACAAGAUUUACCUACAACUAUAUGCUUUCUUCUAUCCUUGCUAGCAGUUCUUCCUCACAUUAUUGCUAAUCUUGAUUCUGACAAACAUGCUCUACUUCAAUUUGUUGCAUCUGUCCCGCAUCUUAGAAAUUUCAAAUGGAACUCUGCUUUGUCAAUCUGCAAUUCUUGGAUUGGCAUCACUUGCAACAAAGAUGGAACCAGAGUUGUCGCAAUUCAUCUGCCUGGUGUUGGACUUUCUGGCCAUAUCCCAACCAAUAGCAUAGGAAAACUAGAUGCUCUCCAAGUCCUUAGCCUAAGAGCAAACAAUUUAAAUGGAAAUCUUCCUUCUGAUAUCCUUUCAAUCCCUUCUCUUUACUCUAUCUACCUUCAACAUAAUAACUUCUCUGGUGAUAUUCCUGUUUCUUUUUCGUCAACACUUGGUGUAGUAGAUCUCUCGUUUAACUCUUUUACUGGAGAAAUUCCUCCCACAAUCAAGAAUUUGAAUCGACUAUCCGUGUUGAACCUAAAGUUCAAUUCAUUAUCUGGAGCAAUUCCCAAUCUUGACACCUCAAGGUUAAGUUUUUUGAAUUUGAGUUACAACAUGCUAAAUGGAUCAAUUCCAUAUCCCCUCAAGAAGUUUCCACUUUCUUCUUUUGUGGGAAACUAUAAUUUAUGUGGAACACCUCUGAGUAGCUGUUCAAGUGCUCUAUCACAUAAAGGUGCCAACUUUAAGAAAGUUCGUAAUGAAAUUAUCAUUGCAAUUGCAAUAGGUGGUCCUUCUGUGAUUUUUCUCCUUGUUUUAUUCAUCUAUCUCUGCUAUUUUAACAAGAAGGUUAAUGAUAACACAAGCAUGGUUGAAGAGAAGAAUAAGAAGUUAGAAGACUUUGGAAAUGGGGUUCAAGAUUCUGAAAAGAACGAGUUAACAUUCUUUAAAGGGUGCUCUUACAACUUUGAUCUUGAGGAUCUGUUAAGUGCUUCUGCUGAUUUUCUUGGUAAAGGAAGUUAUGGAACUGCUUACAGAGUUUCCUUGGAUGAGGUAACAAUGAUAGUUGUGAAAAGGUUGAAGGAAGUAAGGGUUGUUAAAAAGGAGUUUGAACAGCAUAUGGACAUUGUGGGAAGGAUUAGAAAGCACCCAAAUAUAGUGCCAUUUCUUGCAUGUUAUUACUCCAAGGAUGAGAAACUUCUUGUUUGUGAAUACAUACCUUAUGGUAGCUUGUCAUCCGCCUUGCAUGGUAAUGGAAGAAUUCCACUAGACUGGGAUACUAGAUUGAAGGUCUCUCUUGGAGCAGCAAAAGGAAUAGCACAUAUCCACUCUGAAGGUGGAGUGAAGUUUACUCAUGGAAAUAUCAAAUCAUCCAAUAUACUUCUUACAAGGGACCUAGAUGGUUGUAUUUCUGAUUUUGGCUUAAGCCCUCUAAUGAAUUACACAUCCAUCAAGAAUAAGGCUGCUGGUUACCGUGCUCCAGAAGUGAUUGAAACGCGGAAAGGCACACAAAAGUCAGAUGUUUAUAGCUUUGGAGUAUUGGUCCUUGAGUUGCUCACUGGCAAAUCCCCUCUGCCAUUGCCAGGGCACGAGGACGUAGUCAAUUUGCCUAGAUGGGUACGAGCUGUUGUUAAAGAGGAAUGGACAGCUGAAGUUUUUGAUGCAGAUCUGAUGAAGUACCAUAAUAUUCAAGAAGAGAUGGUGCAUAUGCUUCAGGUUGCACUUUUAUGUGUAACAAAAGCGCCUGAUAUGAGGCCUUCAAUGGAUGAAGUGAUUAAAAUGAUUGAGCAAAUUAAACAUCUAUAAUGAGAGACAAGACCUUCCUCAGAGGGCAACUGAUCCAAUGCACAUUCUCAUGAAUGAAACAAAAAGUUUCGAUUGAUUAUGGAGAAUGCAAUAAUAUAUCCCUGUAUUAGACAAUGUCCUUCCACGAUCUCUUCUCAUCUAUGGACACAAAUAACCAACUUACUUGUAGCUAGGAGUCCUAAUUGUUGUGCGUUUAUAUGUAUUUCUAUAUGUCAAUAUAUUCUCUCAUGUUGUAUCGAAUUAUGAGAAGAAAGCAAAAUUUAUUCUUGAUGAGCAAGUAUUCUUCGUGUUCUAAUAUUGUAUCAGAGCCUUCAACGGACUCGUUGUCCAAGUCAUCAAUCUUGAGAAAACUUGAUCAGCUCAAGUUAUGGAGAAUUUGUUGUUUCUUUCA